AUGAUGCAUCUUUGUUUAUUACCCUAUAGUGAUACACAAUUUUAUUAUCGUCCAUCAAUGAAUCCAUCUCUUAAAUUUCGUUCUUCAAUAUCUAAUAAUGAAUCUUAUAUGGAUAAAGUAACAAGACUUACAGUUGAUUUAUCAACAUUAAUUACAGAGAAUAAUUUAUCAUUAUCAUCAGUUCAUUUUUUCUCAAAUAUUUCUACAUUAACUUUAGCUAAUAAUGAAUGUGAUUUAUCAGUUGAAUUUCUAAUGGCUUCGGAGCAAGAUCCUAAACAACCAUUGAUAAAUCCUUUUGUUCAUAAAGAAUCAUUAUAUACUGAACCAAUACCACCAACAACAGUGUUAGAUAUGAUUCCUCAUCCACUAUCAAAUAAAAGGAAACUUCGACGUACAGUAUCAAUAAAACCUUCCGAAAGACACGCUUAUGUGACUAAUUUGAGUGAACGAUUAUCUGCACGAAAAUAUUUACAUCGUCGU